AUGCUGACCGGGCUUCUGUGGGCGGCAGCUCGGUGCCUCUGGUCCCGCGGGGCUACUGGCCCGGCCCGCCGGUCCCUGAGCUAUGGAAGUCCGCCGCUGGAGGAGCUGUUCGCCCGCGGGGGGCCACUGCGGACCUUCCUUGAGCGCCAGGCUGGGCAGGGGCAGGCGAGGGGCCCCGAGCUGGCGGCGGUGGCCAGACUGUUGAGCGAGAAGGAGCAGGAGCUGCGGGAGACCGAGGGCUUGCUGCAAGAUGAAAAUGAAGACUUAAGGAAACUUGCAGAGAAUGAAGUAACAUUGUGUCAAAAAGAAAUAACCCAACUGAAACAUCAGAUUAUCUUGCUCUUGGUUCCCUCAGAAGAAACGGAUGAAAAUGAUUUGAUCCUGGAGGUAACUGCAGGAGUCGGGGGUCAGGAGGCAAUGCUGUUUACUUCAGAGAUGUUUGAGAUGUAUCGGCAGUAUGCUGCAUUUAAAAGGUGGCAGUUUGAACCUCUGGAGUAUGUUUCAAGUGAACUAGGGGGCCUGAGACAUGCUUCUGUCAGCAUUGGGGGUGCAGAUGCCUAUAAACACAUGAAAUUCGAAGGGGGGGUGCACAGAGUGCAGAGAAUACCCAAGACAGAGAAGCAAGGUCGCAUCCACACCAGCACCAUGACCGUAGCCAUCCUACCCCAGCCAACCGAGAUUAACCUGGUGAUUAACCCCAAAGAUCUGCGGAUCGAUACGAAGCGAGCCAGUGGGGCCGGGGGCCAGCACGUGAACACCACUGACAGUGCUGUCCGCAUAGUUCACCUUCCAACAGGUGUUGUUUCUGAAUGCCAACAAGAGAGAUCUCAACUGCAAAACCGAGAGAAGGCAAUGAAAAGGUUACGUGCAAAGCUGUAUAGCAUGCAUCUAGAAGAAGAGACAAGUAAAAGAUACAAUGCUAGGAAGAUUCAGAUUGGAACUAAAGGAAGAUCAGAGAAAAUAAGAACAUACAAUUUUCCACAGAAUCGGGUCACAGACCACAGAAUAAACAAGUCACUGCAUGAUCUUGAAACUUUUAUGCAAGGGGAGGAUCUGUUGGAUGAACUUGUACAGUCCCUGGCGGAAUACUCCAACUAUGAAGCCUUAGUAGAAGCUAUUUCCCAAAAAGCUUAA